AUGGAGUUGGACACCAUUGAAUCGGCCAAGAAGGUCGCAGCCGUUGAGACCGGCUCAGAGGAACGUCCUUCCGUCGAAUUGGUCAACGCUUCCGGUCACCAACAGGAACUCGAGCGCAACUUCAGUCUUCUCAGUAUCUGUGCCGUCGCCGUUACGACGGGAAACACCUGGAUCGCCCAGGGUGGUAGUUUGGUUACCGCGUUGUACAACGGCGGUCCGUCUGGUGUUAUCUAUGAGUUCAUCGCCGUCUCGGUAUGCUACUGGUUGGUGGCGGCUUCGAUUGCCGAACUCGCCUCCGGCAUGCCUUCGGCUAGUGGUGUCUACCACUGGGCUACGAUUACUGCUGGAAAGUAUGGUCGCCCCUGUGGUUUCUUCGCCGGUUUCUGGAACUGCCUUGCCUGGAUCCUCGGUGCCGCCUCCAUGUCCCUCAUCCUGGGCCAACAGACCGUCUCCAUGUAUGCUCUCAUGCACCCGGGUUUCACUCCACAGGCGUGGCACAUUUUCAUCAGCAUGAUCAUCUGCACCUGGAUGUGCUGUUGCACCGUCCUGUUUAUGAACCGGUUCCUGCCCCAUAUUGGAAACCUCGGAGCGUUCUUUAUCUUGGCCGGCGUGUUCAUCACCAUUAUUGUCUGCGCUGUGAUGCCGCAUGUGAACGGCACUGGAUAUGCUUCGGAUACCAACGUGUGGCAGACCUGGACCAAUGGCACCGGCUAUUCUAGCCAGGGAUUCGUCUUCGUCGCUGGUAUGCUCAACGGCGCGUACAGUGUUGGCACGCCUGAUUGCUCAACUCAUCUUGCCGAAGAAAUUCCCAAGCCCUCCCGGAAUGUCCCCAAGGCUGUCCUCGCCCAGAUGUCCAUUGGUUUCGUGACCGGCAUCGUCUACAUGGUUGCCGUCUUCUACUCCAUUAACGACCUCGAUGCCGUCAUCAACAGUGUCUACGGUUUUCCUCUCGCCGAAAUCUACCAUCAAGCGACUGGAUCCCGCGGAGGCGCCCUUGGUCUCCUCAUCGUGGCUUUCCUGCCCACCGUCAUCACUUGCGCCGGUUGCUAUAUCACCGCCGGCCGAACCCUGUGGACCAUCUCUCGUGACCGAGCGACCCCAUGCUCCCGCUGGCUGUCCCGUGUCAACACUCGCAUGCACAACCCCUUCAACGCCACCCUCGUCUGCGGUGUGAUCGUCACCAUCCUUGCGUGCAUCUACGUCGGCUCCUCGACUGCGUUCAGCGCCUUUGUUGGAUGCUUCGUGCAACUUUCCAGUCUUUCGUACUUUGCCGCCAUCUUCCCCCAUAUCCUGACCCGUCGUUCGAGCUUCGUUCCCGGAUAUUUCUGGAUGGGUAAGAUCGGCUAUGUCCUCAACGCUCUCAGUUGCGUGUACAUUCUCGCCUUCGUGGUCAUCUUCUGCUUCCCAUAUGCGCUGCCGACCGAUGCCCAGUCUAUGAACUACGCCAGUCUGAUGACGGGCGGUCUUACGAUCUUUGUGGCCAUCUGGUGGUUCAUCCGCCAGGGCUCUUAUGAGGGACCCAAAUUCGUGCCUCUGACGGACAAGGUGCUGAUGGAUGAUGCGAAAUAA